AUGACCAGCAAUGAGCCACAAACCACCCUCGUUGACAAGACCGCGGAUGGCAUUACCACCAUUACUAUCAAUCGAUCACACCGACGCAACGCCAUCGAUGGACCCACUGCCAAAGCAUUGACGGACGCUUUGCUUGAAUUUGAGAAUGACCCGAGUCAGAAAGUCUGCAUCCUCUAUGGUGCGCAUGGUACCUUUUGCUCGGGUUUCGAUCUUCACGAGGUCGCCAAGUAUGGCGAUGCAAAAGCCGAGUACAAAGGUCCCAUCAUUGAUCCUCAGCAUCAUGUUAAUGGCCGUAAUAUUGGUCCUAUUGGCCCAUCCAGGAUGCAGAUUAAAAAGCCCAUUAUCAGUGCAGUCUCUGGAUACGCUGUCGCUGGUGGCUUGGAGCUAUCUCUAAUCGGCGAUAUCCGAGUCGCGGAAGAAGAUGCUAUUUUUGGUGUUUUUUGUCGGAGGUUUGGUGUACCCUUGAUCGAUGGCGGAACAGUCCGCCUCCAAGCAAUUAUCGGGUUAGGAAGGGCUCUGGAUAUGAUUCUCACUGGUCGCGGUGUCGCAGCUCACGAGGCACUACAGAUGGGACUGGCUAACCGUGUCGUUCCGAGGGGACAGGCCUUGGCCGAGGCGACAAAGAUUGCGAAGCAGCUUCUGACGUUCCCCCAGAGUUGCAUGAACGCUGACCGUACAAACUGUUACUAUUCUGCUUAUAAUGCAAAGUCCUUUGAGGAUGCUCUCAGCAAUGAGUUCGAGAACGGUGUGCGAAUCAUCGCCAAGGAGAGCAUCACAGGAGCUGCCGAAUUUAGUCGGGGUAUAGGCCGUCACGGGGAAAUUGUAACCUCUAGGUUCUAA